UCCAGAGGGCUGAGGGGCCGCUUCCCCUGAAGGGGGCGGGCGCAGGGAAGGAAGCGAGCGGAGGCUGGGCUCUGGCAGCAGGGCCGGGAUAUGCGGCAGCGGCUGCUCCUUUUCCUCAGCAGGACUCUGACCUCUUUGGUGAGCACCGGUGCCUCCCGGCCUCCUCUUCUGCAGCGGUGGCCUCGCCCGCCCGGGCUUCAGAAGGAUACCCAUAACAAAAUGAGCAAUCCAGCUAUUAAGAGACUAGCAAACAAAAUUAUCAAAUCACCUGAGGAUAAGCGAGAAUAUCGUGGACUAGAACUGGAAAAUGGCAUCAAAGCAAUGCUCAUCUGCGAUCCCACCACAGAUAAGUCUUCAGCAGCACUUGAUGUACACAUAGGAUCAUUAUCAGACCCCCCAAACAUUGCUGGGCUAAGCCAUUUUUGUGAGCAUAUGUUGUUCUUGGGAACCAAGAAGUACCCAAAAGAGAAUGAGUACAGUCAGUUUCUUAGUGAGCAUGCAGGAAGUUCAAAUGCUUUCACCAGUGGAGAACACACCAAUUAUUACUUUGAUGUGUCACAUGAACAUCUAGAAGGUGCAUUGGACAGGUUUGCCCAGUUUUUCCUGUGCCCUUUGUUUGAUGAGAGCUGCAAGGAAAGGGAGGUGAAUGCUGUUGAUUCCGAGCAUGAAAAGAAUUUAAUGAAUGAUGCCUGGCGAUUGUUUCAGUUGGAGAAAGCAACUGGAAAUCCCAAUCAUCCCUUCAGUAAAUUUGGAACAGGGAACAAAUUCACUUUGGAAACUAGACCAACUAAAGAAGGAAUAGAUGUAAGACAAGAGCUGUUGAAGUUCCAUUCUACUUAUUAUUCAUCAAAUUUAAUGGCGAUUUGUGUCCUAGGACGGGAAUCCUUGGAUGAGCUGACCGGUUUGGUAGUGAAGCUAUUUUCAGAAGUAGAGAACAAAAAUGUUCCAUUACCAGAAUUUCCUGAACAUCCUUUCCAAGAAGAACAUCUUCGGCAACUUUACAAAGUGGUACCUAUUAAGGACAUUAGAAAUCUUUAUGUCACGUUUCCAAUACCGGACCUUCAGAAAUACUAUAAAUCAAACCCUGGUCAUUACCUUGGUCAUCUCAUUGGGCAUGAAGGUCCAGGAAGUCUUUUAUCAGAACUCAAAGCUAAAGGCUGGGUAAAUACUCUGGUUGGAGGACAGAAAGAAGGUGCUAGGGGUUUCAUGUUCUUCAUCAUUAACGUGGACCUGACAGAGGAAGGGCUUUUGCACGUUGAAGAUAUAAUUUUGCACAUGUUUCAGUAUAUUCAAAAACUACGUGCAGAAGGACCUCAAGAAUGGGUUUUCCAAGAAUGCAAGGAUCUAAAUGCUGUGGCUUUCAGAUUUAAAGAUAAAGAACGACCACGAGGUUAUACAUCAAAGCUUGGAGGGAUUUUGCAUUAUUAUCCCAUAGAAGAAGUGCUUGCUGCUGAAUAUUUACUUGAAGAAUUUAGGCCUGAUUUAAUAGAGAUGGUGCUGGAUAAAUUGAGGCCAGAAAAUGUCCGGGUUGCAAUAGUUUCUAAAUCUUUUGAAGGAAAAACUGAUCGAACGGAAGAGUGGUAUGGAACACAGUAUAAGCAAGAAGCAAUUUCUGAUGAAGUCAUCCAGAAAUGGCAAAAUGCUGACCUAAAUGGGAAAUUCAAGCUUCCAAUGAAGAAUGAGUUUAUUCCUACUAACUUUGAAAUUUUGCCACUAGAAAAGGAUGCACCACAGUACCCUGCUCUUAUCAAGGACACCGCUAUGAGCAAACUAUGGUUCAAGCAAGAUGACAAAUUCUUCUUGCCAAAAGCUUGUCUCAACUUUGAGUUUUUCAGGUAUGCAGUAUAUUAAGUAUGUCACACUAAU